AUGGCGGCACUGAUGGCGGCGGAGGCCGCGGCGCCCCCGGGCCCGACCGAGGCGACCGAGACGUCUGAGACGGCCGAGGCGGCGGAGCUGAGCCGCGCCCUAAGCCGCCUGCUGCCCGGGCUGGAGACCGACAGCAAAGUGGGCCGGCGGCGCGCGCUCGAGGCGCUGCAGCGCGCGCUGGAGGCAGCGUGGCUCGAGGCGCCCGACGGCGACCCUGCCGCCGCCGCCGCCUUCCAGGGCCCGUGGGCGCGCCUGCUGCUGCCGCGCCUGCUCUACUGCCUGGCUGACCCGGCCGAAGGCUGCCGCGCGCUGGCCGCGCACCUCCUGGACCUCGGCCUGCGGCGCGCCGCGCGGCCCCGCGACGCCCUGCCGCGCCUGCUGCCCGCGCUUGCCGCGCGCCUGGCGGGCCCCGAGUCCGCGCGCGGCCGGCCGCCGGAGGCCUGCGAGGAGCUGCGCCUGGCGCUCGUGCAGCUGCUCAGCCUGGCGGUGCGCCUGGGCGGCCCCGCGCUCGCGCCCCACCUGGACGACGCGCUGCGCGUGCUGCGCCGCACACUGCUCGACCCCUUCGCCGCCGUGCGCCGCGAGAGCUGCGAGUGCGCCGCGGGCCUGGCGCGCGCUACGCCAGACCACUUCCACAUGCAGUCGGAGUCCUUGAUCGGCCCCCUGAUGCAGAGCAUCUCCCACCAGCACUGGAAGGUGCGGGUGGCUGUCAUUGAGGCCACGGGCACCGUGAUCCAGUUCGGCAGCGGCAAGUCGGUAGACGAUGUGCUUCCUCACUUUGCUCAGAGGCUCUUUGACGAUGUCCCCCAGGUGCGGCAGGCAGUGACUUGCGUGGUGGGGGGCUGGCUGCUGGACCUGCGGGACCGCUACUCCUUCUUUCACAAGCUCAUCCCGCUGUUGCUGAGCAGCCUUGAGGACGACAUACCUGAAAUUGCGCUCGCGGCCGCUGGCCUCUGGGAGAAGGUCGGCCUGCAGUGGCAGAGAGAGAAUGAGGACGACCUCAAGGACAAGCUCGACUUCUCCACCCCCCCCCCAGCCCGUCACCCCUCACCAGAGACUCGCCCCGUGUUGGGCUGCCGGGAGCUCGUCUUCAGAAACCUGUCCAAGAUCCUUCCCGCCGUGUGUCACGACCUCACCGACUGGGUGGUGGGGACCAGGCUGAAGGCCGCGCAGCUGCUGCUGGUGCUGCUGUUGCACGCCGAAGACCACAGCACGCAGCACCUGGACACCGUCCUCAGGGUACUGCACCGCGCCUGCGCCGACGACGACCCGGCCGUGGUCCGCAGCUGCACCAGAUCUGCAGAGCUGGUUGGGGUGUUCGUCAGCCCAGAAGUGUUUCUGAAGCUGAUCUUGUCCACGCUGAAGAAGUCGCCCUCCCCCUCUGGCCUCCUGGUCCUUGCUUCCGUCAUCCGAGGCUGCCCUAGGGAGGCCCUCCAGCCACACCUGAAGGUCAUCGCCGUAGAGCUGGCCCGGCCCCACAUCUGUCAAGGGUCUGAAAACCGCCUUUAUGGGGAGCACCUACUGCUGUGCGUGCGGACGUUGGUUUCUGUGUGCCGGGAAGACUGCAGAGGGUGCAGCUUACAGCUCAUGGAGGUGCUGGUGACCGUCAUGGCCCUCUCGGGGGCCACGGGCCUCAGCGACAAGGUUCAGGAGACCAUGGACGCACUGGCCGCGGUGCAGGGUGUGGACGGCAGCCAGGAUCUCUACCGAGAGCACGUGGGCCCCCUCAUGGAGUGGGUGGCCGCUUCGCACCAUGACUGGACCGUCCACUCCGUGGAGCUCCUGCAGUUCAACGUCGUGGUCACCCACGCAGGCCCAGCGCUGGGAGAAGUGCUGCCCCACCUCGUGCCCAUCCUCAGGAGCUGCCUCCAGCCAGCCAGAGACCCACAGAUGCGCCUGAGGCUCUUCUCCUCCCUGUCGCGGGUGCUGCUGAGCGCGAAGCAGACCGUCGACUCCCAGGGGCAGUUUCACCACUAUCUCAACACUGUGGCAAAAGACAUCUUGGUCCCCAACCUGCAGUGGCACGCGGGGAAGACCGCUGCAGCCAUCCGCACGGCAGCUGUGUCCUGCCUCUGGGCGCUCCUCAGCAGCGACGUCCUGUCGGAGAAGCAGAUCUGGGAAGUGCAGGAGAUGCUGAUGCUGGACAUUCUAACCACCCUGGAGGAAGACUCUCAGAUGACUCGAUUAAUCUCGUGCCAAAUUAUUAACAGAUUUCUAAAAACCUCCAGUGGUGUGGCCGAUCCAGAUAAGUUCAUCAAGAUUUACCCUGAGCUCCUGAAGCGUCUAGAUGACGUUUCCCAUGAAGUGAGGCUAGCGGCCACCUCCGCCUUGGUCUCGUGGCUGGCAUGUAUCCAGAACGACGACGGGAAGUCCUACUACCAAAGCAACAUUCAGUUCCUGUACAGAGAGCUCCUCGUGUACCUCGAUGACCCGGAGGGCGCUGUCCAGGAUGCGGUGUUAGAGGUCCUCAAAGCAGGCAGUGUUCUGUUCCCUGAGCUCCUGGUGAGAGAGACCGAGGCAGUUGUCCACAAACACCGCUCUCCUGCCCACUGCCAACAGCUUCUGCAGCACCUGCAGGCCCUGCCGCCAGCCCAGUGAGCAUGG